AGGGUUUUGCACUCCAUUUAUCCACCACAAGUUCGCUCGCGAUGAGAUGCUUGUUUUGGAUCCAGGGCCUGAUUCGUUCUUUCCAGGGAUCAGCCGAAAUGGAAACCAAGUCUCUGGAGAUGUCAGAUGCUGCUGCACGUUCGAGAUCAAACAUUACGAUUGAAACUGCUCGUGCAAUAUAUGCGCAAAGGCACUCGAGUAAGAGUUCUCCGAAGUCUAGCUCGGAGCUUGCAGCACUGUAUCAUGUGAGCUCGAAAGCAGUGAGGGACAUUUGGACGAACCUGGGCGCAUGCCACCGCGUGUCUCUGGACAGAUUCAGAGAAGGACAGAUAUGUCCGGGACAAGAUGGGAGAGUCUUUUUGUCGUUCCAGUUCUUCGUGCAACAUCGAGAUUCCUGCCUGUGCUCUGAAACGUCCAGGCCGCCCAGUCGGGUCCAAGGAUUCUAAGCCGCGUAAAAAACGUGCAACAGAGUCAGAUGAAGGAGUUGAAUAUGGAAAUUCACAAGAGGAGGCUAUGUCAGACGAGGGGUGGGAUGCCCUCCCUUCAUCCAAGUGGUCAAAGAUAUCAUUGACAUGGUUAACGAUGUCCUCUUUGUUCGAAGAAGCUCUAGAUCAUGUGCAAGGGGAGCAGGGUUAUGUCCAGAGCAGUUAAAGCAAGCCCACUACUGCGUGUUUUGUGCAGUCAAAUUCUUGAUGUGUCUUUCAAUUUUCAAGUGCCAGGUCUCGAGAG